GCGUAUUAAAGGUCAUUCAAGUAAGAGUUCUUAAAGCAACAUGAACGCAAAGCUCUUCCUUCUCCUGGCUGUGGUGUCAGCUGCAUCCGCCCAAAGGCGCCCCUACGCCUACAAUGCUCCUCGGUUCUCCGACGAAUCCUUCGAGUCUAGCGAAGCCAAGUACGACUUCCAAUGGGCCGUCAGCGAUGAUUCCUCCAGCAACGAGUUCGGACACCAGGAGGCCCGUGACGGCGACCACACGCAAGGAUCCUACUACGUGCAGCUCCCCGACGGCCGCCUGCAGACCGUCAAGUACUUCGUGGACGGCGACUCCGGCUACGUGGCCGAAGUCAGCUACGAGGGCGAGGCUCGUUACCCCGACUCCUACGAGUCUUUUGAGUCUCGGGAGUACAGACCGCCAAGGCCCCUCUAUGGUUAACAAAGUUUUGAUUUGGAGAUUUCUAAAACUUGAGUUCUUCUAUUUAUUUUACUGAUUUAGGAACAAGAUAUUUAUAACAAAAAAAAAAAAAAAAAAUGGAUUUAAAUCAAUACAUCGUGAUGAUGGCUUCUUCGGACGAUGUUCGAAUGCAGUUACACAGGAAGAAUACUUUAUUGACAGAGCAUAACACAAUGGUUAGUGUUUCCAAAUAAAGAAUAGUUAAUUUCUCAUUGAAAUGCCUUGGAUAUAUAUUUUCCUUUACUUCUAAUAUAUUUUUCUUUUAUCAGUUGAUAAUAUGAAUCCAAGUAUUCUAUAUAAUAAAACUCGUUGAUACAAAUGCUGACGAUAAUACCAUAUAACAAUGUAAAGUUCUGCAAGUUCAGUCACCCAAAAAGAGAGAGAGAGAAAAAAUAUAUAUAUAUAUAAUGCCCCGGCAAUGCACCUACUGUGACGUCAUCAAAGCUGUUCGUGUUUUCUUUACUGGUUUAUUGGCCGGGCGCACUUCAAGGACGAGUUACACUAAAACCAGGGCGAACUUCAAGGACGAGUUAUGCUAAAACCAGGGCGCACUUCAAGCACGAGUUACACU